CAAUAUUAAAAUCUUCCACAUAUUAGUUUAACUUAACUACAACGAAAUCAUGGUUGUAUAUAUAUAUAUAAAGGUAUAAAUUUAUAGGUAUAUAUCUGAAUUUUGGACCGAACUAAAAACACUUGUUAUCCGGUUCGCCUGCCCGCUCGGUUGUCGCAUCGAUCGGAGGUUAAGAAUGCGAAACGGGUGACCGUUACAGAUUGAUUGCUCCGUGCUAAAAUGUCACAGAAUUCGACAAGUUGAUCACAAGACCGAAGGAAUGGGAUCGUCAAUCGUCGUGGGAGUACUUCCAUUGUGUCGUGCCUUCAAUUCUUCUUCGGAGUUCGUUCCUUCAACUCUUAUUCUAUCGAUCUAAUCAUGGUAAAAUCCGCCUUCUCCCCCUCGAACUUUAGUUCAGAUCGAUCCGAUAGAAAAAAGGUUUGCAGACCAAGGAUCAUCUCCCUUUUUCUUCCGAUUCCUCGCCUUCAGGAUAGAACGUCUAUAGAUUGAUUGGGGAAUGUGCAUUUCUGUCGAUUGAUCGGAGAAGAAAGUUACCUUUUCUUUCUUUAAUUGUAAACUUGUGCCCGCCUCCUGCUGCGCCAGGAUAUCAAAAUCUCUUUGCUGCGGAGUUGGCGAGGUCUGAGGAAUCCAAUGUUUUUGAUUCCUUGGAAUAUCUGUGUAGCGGAAAGCUAGGGUUUUGUCUUGUUCCCUUGCUUUAUUUUAUUAUUUUCUGCAGUCGUAUUACGUGAAGGUGUUCUUUCUAACCUCCAAACGUAGUAAUCUGAGGGAACAUCAAUACCCAAGCUUCCCUCUGGUAACUACUUUGAUUCGCCUCGUGUCCAUUUUGUCUUGUCUCGUUUGGAGGGGGAUGACAUCUUCUUGGUUUAAAUUCCGGCAUGAAGACCUGCGUCUUACAAUGUGGCAGGGCGGCUACGGGCGGAGUGCCACUCUGCCUUCUGGUGGUGAAUCCUGUCCAAGACAGCAGGAACUGCUGCUGGAGAUCAAAGGAUGGAUACUACAAUAUGUAUUGAAGAUCAACUGUCCAAGUUGCAUCCAUGCUUUCCUGUGCAGACAAGAAUUGCUAUCGUGGGAGCUGGGCCAAGUGGAUUAUCAGCUGCCUAUGCCCUGGCGAAGCUUGGAUAUGGUAACGUGACCAUAUUCGAGAAGUGUCAAUCAGUUGCUGGAAUGUGUGAAUCAGUUGAUAUUGAAGGAAAAAUUUAUGAUCUGGGAGGUCAAGUUAUUGCUGCAAACAGUGCCCCUGUUAUAUCUCAUUUGGCAAAGGAAGUAGGUGCAGAAUUUGAAGAAAUGGACUCACACAAGCUUGCUUUUAUUGAUAGCCGUAGUGGGAAAUUCGAAGACAUGAAAGUGGCUGAUGAUUAUGCUUCUCUGAUCUCCAUGACAUUGAAAUUACAAGAUGAAGCAACAAGGUCCGGUCAUAUUGGAAUUCAUGCAUUGAGUGGCAUUGCAUCUGAUUCAACUCUUGAUUUUCUGAAGUUGCACGGCCUGAGUUCUUUGCCUAAAUCAGUAGCAUAUGGUUAUACUGCAUCUGGUUAUGGUUUUGUUCAAGACAUGCCAUAUGCUUAUAUUCAAGAGUUCACUAGGACUUCCAUGGCUGGAAAGAUUCGGCGUUUUAAAGGAGGAUACAUGAGCAUGUGGCAAAAGCUUAGCCAGUCUCUACCCUUUGAAGUCCUGUGUAACACCGAGGUUUUGAUGGUCAAGCGAAAUAUUUCAGGUGUCAGAGUAACUGUCAAGAAUGCUGAUGAUGAGCAAAAACUUAUGAAGUUUGAUAAAAUUAUCUUUUCAGGUAAUUUGACAUUCAAGAAUGGAAGGACAUACAGGUCUUCAUUCCUAACAACUGGGGAAAAUGAGGUGGUAGAUUUGAAUGAUCUCGAGAAGCAGCUAUUCUGUAAGGUGCGAACAAUAGAUUACUACACCACCGUUCUCAAGAUCAAAGGAUUUGAGCAUAUAUCUGUUGGUUUUUAUUACUUCGGGGAAUUUAUGGAGGAUCCUGCAACUAUUGGACAUCCUGUAGCAAUGCAAAGAUUCUUUGCUGAUACAAAUAUUUUCCUGUUUUGGUCUUAUGGAAACUCCAGUAAUAUCAGGAGUCCAACUGUGACCAGCCUUCUGAUUAAUGUUGUGAGGACCAUGGGAGGAAUCAUCGAAAAGGUGGUAUUGCAGCGCCGGUUCAAAUACUUCCCUCACGUUGAUAGUGAAGAGAUGAAAAAUGGCUUCUUUGAGAAGUUGGAAACACAACUUCAAGGUUUUCAGAAUACUUAUUAUUUGGGAGGGCUGAUGGCUUUUGAACUAACAGAACGAAACUCAUCUUAUGCCAUGGCAUUGGUCUGUAAUUACUUUGCCAGACGUGGUGAGAUGCCAUUGAUUCCAUAUGUUAAGAGAUUGUUUCCUCUAGUUUCUAGUCAAGAGCCAUAUUUUCAGAGAGAACUUGGUGAACUUGCAGGCGUAGAAUUUCCAGAUCUGCCUUCCCUAGAUAGUUAUUUGAGCUUCUGGGGAACUCAUCCAGUCACCGUUAGUAAAACUCUCUAUACUUGGAUUACUGAGGAAGGUCAAGUUGUGGACCAGAGAACCUACAGUGAACUCCAAGCCAAUGCAUGUCAUAUUGCUCAAAAUCUGUUAACAAGCAAGAAACCAACUUUCAAGCCAGGUGACCGGGUUCUUUUAGUCUACCUCCCUGGUCUGGAAUUUAUUGAUGCCUUUUUUGGGUGCCUCAAAGCAAAAAUCAUACCAGUUCCUCUUUUGCCUCCUGAUCCACUAAAGAGAGGUGGACAAGCACUUCUCAAGAUUCAUAACAUUUCUAAAUUGUGCAACACUGUAGCAAUUCUAUCCACAUCUUCAUACCACAGAGCUGUUAGAACAGGCUUUGUGAUGAAUGUGAUAUCAUUGACAAAUAGCAAUUCGAGAUCUUCAGCUUUUUGGCCUGACCUUCCAUGGAUCUAUACAGAUUCAUUGAUCAAGAAGUAUAGAAGUCAGUCUAGGAAACUGAAAGACUUGGAAUCUGAAGCCAUAAGCUCUGAGUCUCAACCAGAUGAUAUAUGCUUUCUGCAAUUCACAUCAGGUUCGACUGGUGAUCCAAAGGGGGUGAUGAUAACUCAUGGAGGGUUAAUUCAUAAUGUCAAAACAAUGAGAAGAAAAUAUAGGAGCACCUCAAGAACUAUUUUGGUUAGUUGGCUUCCUCAGUAUCAUGACAUGGGGCUUAUAGGUGGCCUUUUUACUGCUCUAGUCAGUGGUGGAUCUUCAAUUCUUUUCUCACCAAUGACAUUUAUCAGGAAUCCUCUUCUGUGGCUUCAAACCAUGAGUGACUAUCAGGCAACUCACAGUGCAGCUCCUAAUUUCGCAUUUGAACUGGUAAUUAGAAGGUUAGAAUCUGAUAAAGUAAAGAACCAUGCUUAUGAUCUGUCUUCAGUUGUCUUUCUUAUGGUUGCUGCUGAACCAGUGAGGCAGAAAACUCUAAAAAAAUUCAUUGAUAUUUCUCGACCAUUUGGCCUUUGUCAAGAGAUUUUGGCUCCCGGCUAUGGUCUGGCUGAGAACUGUGUGUUUGUAAGCUGUGCUUUUGGAGAGGGUAAGCCAGUCCUCAUAGAUUGGCAGGGUAGAGUCUGCUGUGGCUACGUCAAUCCGAAUGAUUCGGAUGUUGACAUUACGAUCAUAGAUCCAGAAACUCUCAAAGAGCAUGAAGAAUUUGGGAAAGAGGGUGAGAUAUGGAUUAGCAGUCCCAGUGCAGGUAUAGGGUACUGGGGUGAUAAAGAUAUGAGUCAAAAGACAUUCUUUAAUGAGCUCGAUAACCACAAAGGCAAGAGAUACACAAGAACAGGAGACCUGGGGAGAAUAAUUGAUGGGAAGCUUUUCAUUACUGGAAGAAUAAAGGAUUUAAUUAUUGUUGCUGGAAGAAACAUCUACUCUGCCGAUGUAGAGAAGACAGUAGAAAGUUCAUCCAAAGCCUUACGCCCAGGUUGCUGUGCUGUUAUUGGUGUUCCAGAGGAAACGUUGACAGAAAAAGGGAUUUCCGUUCCGGAGACUUCUGAUCAAGUUGGACUGGUUGUGAUUGCCGAGGUUAAGGAGGGAGAAUCAGUGAAUGAAGAGAUUGUUGAGGAAAUCAAAGGACGAGUAACAGAAGAACAUGGUGUCUCUGUAGCUUCUGUGAAGCUGAUUAAGCCUAGAACUAUAUCAAAAACAUCAUCCGGAAAGAUCCGAAGGUUUGAAUGCCUGAAGCAAUUCACAGAUGACACACUAAUUCUAGUAAAAAAGCCCAAUAUUUCUAAGAAGAUUUUAUCUCGAUCUUUCACCACUGGCAGCUCCAUAGAGGGAAGGAGAUUACACCUGCCACUGGAUAAAUCUCCUAAUUUUCAACCUCGCAAUGCUGGAAAGAAUGUUGGUGAAAUAAUCAAUUUUCUGAAAAGACUUGUAGCAGAGCAAACUGGGUUAGAAGUUGAGAAGAUAUCUGCUACUGAAAGCCUUGUUUCAUACGGUAUUGAUUCAAUUGGAGUGGUUAGAGCAGCACAGAAACUCUCAGAUUAUCUUGGUGUUCCUGUUGGAGCAGUAGACAUUUUCACUGCAACUAGCAUUUCAGAUUUAGCAAGCUUUUCAGGAAAUCUUCUUCUUGAGUCUCAGCCCGGGUCCAUGACAACUACUUCUUACCUUCCAGAGGUUGAAGCAGAAUUCCUCGGGCACGAUAUUAAUCCAUCAACAAUUUGGAAACUGACUAUAUGGUUGCUACAACUUUUGGCCAUCACUUAUAUUUCUUUUAUCCUCGUUUUUCCUGCUUAUGUUUCAAGCUCCAUGUUCAUGAAGUUGCAUCCUCUUAUUCUGAUCGAGGAAAUGUCAUUCGCAUCUUCUCUUAUUUCUCUUGUCCUGGCACCUCUUGCCUGGAUUUCCUACAUCUUCCUCACCUGCCUUUUCCUCUCCCUGUUUGGAAACUCGUUCUUACAGCUUAACUAUGUUCUCACCCCAGAGGUCUCCAUCUGGUCCGUUGAUUUUGUAAAGUGGUGGGCACUUAGCAAGGCUCAAGAACUGGCCGCAAAAUUCUUGGCUGUAUACCUCAGAGGGACAGCAUUCUUGAAUCAUUGGUACAGGAUGCAAGGAGCUCGGAUAGGAUCAUCUGUUCUAAUCGACACUGUUGACAUUACAGACCCCUUUUUGGUGUCAUUUGGAGAAGCAUCUGUGAUAGCGGAAGGUGUAAUGAUUCAAAGCCAUGAAGUGAAGAAUGGAGUAUUGAGCUUUCACUCGGUCCAAGUUGGCCGGAAUUCCACAAUCGGCCCCUAUGCCAUACUUGAGAAAGGAAGUGUAGUGGGAGAUGGUGCAGAGGUUCGGCCUCUACAAAAGGUUGAGGGUGUAAAUCCUAUAAUCAGAUCAGAGAAAGCCUCUAAACUUUGCAAGAAAGAAUUAGACGAAGAGAUUCCAAAGACUUUGGUAACACUUUAUCACCUUCUGGGAAUCUAUGCAGUCGGUUUCCUUAGUUCCUUCUCUGGUGCCAUUGUUUAUUUGUCAUACGUAUACCUCACCAGAACCUCGUUUCUGCUGCAUUAUUUCAUGUUGGCAUGCGUUGCUGGUGCCUUCCAUUGGUUGCCGGCUGUUGUGGCAGCAUGUGCCUCCAUAAUUACUGAGAUCUCAUCCGGUCCAGCAACUUCUGCUUCCUUCCUUGCCCUUGCUUACUUCUGCCAUGGUCUAGUCCUCAGCCUCCUCAGCGGUAUUCUUAACCGCUGCCUUGCUGGAGAUCGAGGAACUCAAAGAUCCCACAUCAAAACAUGGUUUCUCUAUCGAGUAAACAUCGCCUGCCACCUCAGGUUUGCCAAACUAUUGACAGGAACAGAAGCAUUUUGCACAUAUCUACGCCUUUUCGGGGCUAAAGUGGGUCGUCAUUGUUCUAUCAGAGCCAUCAAUCCAGUUUGUAGCCCCAGAAUGAUUUCCAUUGGAGAUGGCGUCCAUCUUGGUGAUUUCAGCCGGAUUGUAACUGGAUUCUAUUCCUCUGAUGGUUUUACUUGUGGAGAAAUCCAGGUGCAGAAGAACUCGGUUGUUGGAAGCCAAAGCCUCAUCCUCUCAGGCUCAAACAUCCACGAAGAUGUUGUCCUGGGAGCCCUUUCUAUUGCACCUGUGGGUUCUGUACUUGAAAGAGGUGGCAUCUAUAUGGGUUGUCAGACACCAAUCUUGGUCAAAAACACCUUGCAUGCUUUAGAUGAGAGGAUCGAAGAGAUGGACGAAAAGUACAAGAAGAUCGUUGGUAAACUUGCUGGAAACUUGGCCAUAACGACGAUGAAAGCCAAAUCAAGGUACUUCCAUCGGAUUGGUGUUGGUGGAAAGGGUGUUCUAAAUAUCUACCAGGAUCUCUUAGGAUUGCCGAAUCACAGCAUCUUCGGGCCAGGCAAGUGUUUCCCGGUAGUAAUCCGACAUAGCAACAGUCUCAGUGCAGAUGAUGAUGCCAGGAUUGAUGCACGGGGCGCUGCUUUACGGAUUCUGUCAGAAGAAAGUCGUCAAGUACCUCUUCUUGAUCUGACCCUGAAAACAGGCAAAGCUUUCUAUGCACGCACCAUCGAAGACUUCGCCACUUGGCUCUCAUGUGGCCUUCCUGCAAGAGAGCAGCAAGUGGAGCGUUGUCCCCACAUUCGUGAUGCUGUCUGGAGUUCGCUGAGGAACACAAACUCUUACACAGAGCUGCACUACUAUUCAAACAUCUGCAGGCUAUUACGCUUUGACAGUGGCGAGGAGAUGUAUGUCAAGUUCAAACUCCGACCUGUUGAUCGUGACAUUGGUGAGGUCUCCGGUCACGUUGCUCCGAAGGGUAUCCUUCCUCCGGAAACCGGUGCAAUCCCAAGGGAAGAGAAUGACACCCGUCCGUUGCUCUUCCUCGCCGAUGAUUUCCGGAGACGAGUAGAUUCCUCAGGUCACGUCCGUUAUAUAUUUCAGCUGCAAUGCAGGCCAGUUCCAUCGGACGGAGAAGAACGUGAAUGGGCUCUCGACUGCACCAGGCCAUGGGAUGAGACGGAGUACCCGUACAUGGACAUCGGCGAGAUCACAAUCGAUCAGAAUCUCACCAUGGAAGAAUCCGAGAGACUGGAAUUCAACCCGUUUCUCCGCUGCAACGAGGUCGAUAUUAUCCGAGCAACCUCGUGCUCCCAAAGUGCAUCUAUUGAUCAUGGCCGCUCAUUGGUGUACGAGAUAUGUCAACAUCUACGUAACGGCACGCCGCUCCCAAUGGCCUGGCGGAGCUUCCUUGAGCAGUCUGGUGCAAAGGUGGACCUUUCUGGUUGUCCAAUGGCAGCAACCGCGGCGAUGCUGACAAAGGAAUUUGGUGACCGCAGAGUGACACUGGCGAGGACUAGGUGUCAAACACUCUGGGCUACCUGUUGUCAGCCACUGCUGCAGACAUUGCUGCCUUAUUUCGUUCUUGGAAUGGUGAUCUUCCUGCUGCUCCGUUGGAUGCUCAUCGUCAAGUCCACUCUGGAGCUGCCACUGCAUUGGUUGCUGCCGCCAUUCUGGGUUGCGUCGGGGAUCAUGGCCGGACUGAUAUGUGCCGGAGCCAAGUGGGUGCUGGUGGGGAGGAAGAAGGAAGGAGAAGCGGUGCUGAUAUGGAGCCGGGUGGUAUUCAUGGACACGGUGUGGCAGGCGCUAAGGACUGUGGUGGGUGACUACUUCGUGGAGAUGAUAACCGGAUCCGUGUUGUUCGGGGUGUGGAUGCAGCUCAUGGGGUCGAGCAUCGAGGUGGACGACGGGGUCUACGUGGACAGCAUGGGAGCAGUGCUGAACCCAGAGAUGGUGGAGAUCCGGAGGGGUGGGGCUGUGGGGAGGGAUGCACUGCUCUUUGGGCAUAGCUACCAAGGGGAAGAAGGGAGAGUGAAGUACGGGAAGAUUAAGGUUGGGGAGGGCGGGUUUGUAGGAAGCAGGGCUGUGGUCAUGCCUGGGGCGAGGGUGGAGAGUGGGGGUUGUCUUGGUGCCCUUUCCUUGGCCAUGAAAGGAGAGGUUGUGAAGUCCAGGUGAAUGUUGUGCCUCUAACAAAUAAGUGUUAGGCUUGAUGUUAGUCACAU